AUGUUGGCACAGAGAGUCGCUCAGCAAUCGCUGCGCAGAUUAGCAGCAACCCCCUCCCGCAAUGCAGCACUCCUCAAAUUCUCACUCACCCCCACCGCAAUCCUCACAUCUCCUCAAUUCCGACAAGUCGCAACCCAAAAAAUGACCCCAACAGACUCAUACCAGAUCCUCGUCGAGCAACGCAAAAAACGCCCCACCUCCCCCCAUCUCACCAUCUACGAGCCACAAAUCCCGUGGAUCCUAUCCGCGCUGAACAGAAUCACCGGUAGUGUGCUCUCUGGCGCAUUUUACAUCUUCGGUAGUGCGUACCUGGUUGCGCCGCUUUUGGGCUGGAAUUUGAGUUCUGUUAGUAUGGCGGCGGCUUUUGGGAGUUGGCCGGUAAUUGCGAAGGUGGCUACGAAGUUGCUUCUCGCUUUCCCGUUUACGUUUCAUUCGUUUAAUGGAUUGAGACAUUUGGCGUGGGAUAUGGGGAAGGCGUUUAAGAAUCAGACGGUUAUUAAGAGUGGGUGGGCGGUUGUUGGGUUGAGUACUGUUAGUGCUUUGGCGUUGGCUCUUUUUGUUUAA